AUGACAGCUACACGGCCGGCCGAUAGCGCCUCCAACACACCUCCAACCAUCACAAAGGACUCCGCCGACGACACAGAUCUAUCGAGUAAGACCAUCUCUAGCCCACACGAGCUCACAGACUGGGUGGACGGACUGCUCGACACGCUUCAAAGCAGGUUUGACGUGAUGCAGGGACAAGUAGAGGAAAGAAUGUCGGAAAUGGCUCGAAGAAUCGAUACGCUGGAGAACAGCAUCGAGGAGCUGCUACAGGGUCAGAGCGGCGUUGCUCAGAACGCAUCUGAAAACUAA